AUGUCUGAAUUCCAGAAUGCGUCCACCUGUUUGGAGCUACGUGCCCUUGUCCCAGCUGUAUCAGGCGUGUACAGAAUAUACCCAUGGAGAGACAGCCAGAGACUUGUAGACGUGUACUGUGAUAUGAAGACACAAGGAGGGGGAUGGACGAAAACACUAUAUGAUCGAUAUGACCAGUUCUACAUCACAGACGAGGCUGAUGACUACAGAAUCCAGCUGGCAGGAAACACUACAGGAAGUCUUGCGUCCACUUGUUUGGAGUUACAUACUCUUGUCCCAGCUGUAUCAGGCGUGUACAGAAUUUACCCAUGGAGAGACAGACGGAGACCUGUAAACGUGUACUGUGAUAUGAAGACAGAGGGUGGGGGAUGGACGGCUAUACAAAGACGUGUUUACGGUCCUGUGCGAUUCAACAGAACAUGGAAUGAGUACAAGAAAGGAUUUGGAUCAGCAGAAACGGAGUAUUGGCUAGGAAAUGACCUCAUUCACAAAUUGACCGUCGAAAGUACAACUUCUUUGUAUGUUUCCAUAAUAUUGACCAAUAGAACAACACUAUAUGAACGAUAUGGCCAGUUCUACAUUACAGACGAGGCUGAUGGCUACAGACUCCAUCUGGCAGGACACACAACAGGAAGUCUUGGAGACAGUAUGAGAGACUCGUGGCCUAACUGGAACAUCAAUGGAAUGAAAUUUUCGACGGCUGACAGAGACAAUGAUUUGUGGCCAGAGGGCCCAUGUGGACGCCGGUGGGGAGGGUGGUGGUUUAAUCACUGUGGAAAAACAUUUUUAAAUUCCGACCAUCUAUAUACACCUUGGGACCCAAAGGUGUCCAAAAAAUCGCAUAUCCGUGAAACGAUGAUGAUGAUUAAAUAAUUGUAUUUCUUAACAUGUAAACACCAAUAUUCACUAUAUAUACAGAUCCUGAAACUUGCUACUACCCCACACGCACGCUGCAAGAACGCUACACACUCGCUACACGGUUUGCCCGAAGCGCUGCACGCGCACUGUGUACACGCAACGCAUUGUUUCUCAAGUUUCUCAAACCCUUUGAACACGCGAUUUUCGCACGCGUUGGCCUCGAUUUUGAUUUUCUAUUCGGACAUUAUUUAAAUUACUACGUAUUAUUCAUAGAUUAAUUAGAAUCGCAAUCUUUCAAAAUACGUUAAGUUUAAACUCGCUACACCAGUACUAUAUAAACCGAUAGAAGUAUUCAAUGGUUCAGUUUUGAUUCAUUAAUUAACAAUUGUCAGUUCGUAUUUAAUCUGUCUGUUUACAGUUGAAAAGCCAAUCAUCGUCUACGUACAAACAAUUUUGCUAGCGUCGAAAUUACCCGAUGCAUGAAAAUCUAUACAAUAUAAUUGCCAUUCAUAAUCUCUUACAGCAUUAGGUGUUUUUACAAUAAUGCUUUUAUAUGUAAAGAAAAAAAAAUCUUUUUGUACUGGAAUAUAAACUCAUUUAUUGAUAUUUAUUUAAU